GUAAAAAGUUUACAUGUUUUUUCUAUUAGAUGAAAUUUCAAUAGAAAACAAAGCGGAAAAAAAAUAAAUAAAUAAAAGAAGUUGAAGAGAAGAAGAAAGAAACGGCCUCAACUCAACUCAACUCAAGCGUAAACUUCAAUGGCGGAAAGGGAUCCCAAGCCCAAUGACUCGAUUUCAGAAAAAGAAGUAAAAUCUCCAAACAUUUUUGAGAGAGCUAAGGAAGAGUUUGAGGCAGUAUUUCAUCAUGACAAAUCGCCUCACCAUCACAAAGAAACUCAUGGGAGAAGUGACGACAUUGAUGAGAAAACUCCAAGUGAUGAAGUUAAAGGGCCAAAUGUGUUUGAACGGGUGAAGGAGGAGAUUGAAGCUGUUGCUGAGGCCAUUCACCCCAAGAAAGAAUCUGAAUCUGGCACACCAAAAAGGGAUGACUAGGGUGUGCUCUUAUUUUAUAUAACCAAGGAGUUUGAAGACUUUUCUUAGUGUUGUUAACCAUCUAAACUACCAUGUUUGGCUUGUCCAUUUAUCUUUCUUUUCUUGUUGUCUCAAUUGUGAUGUAUAAAUAGUAAAUGAUUUGUGUUUUCAACUGAUUAUAUAAUCGUUGAGUCCUCUUCUUUUCAGAAAAAAAGAAAGAAAUUGUCCCUGGUUUGGUGGUAGAUUAUCAAUGUGAAAGUUUAACUGUAAACUCUGAUCUGUAACAUCAUCUAGUACAUCGGCAGGAUUUAUGAUUCACAAAGUAUGCCACUCUUUUAUUAGGCA